AUGGCCAGGCCAACGGAGCGCCUGUCACAGGGCAGAUAAAGGAUGACAAGGGGGGUCUCUGAGAUGUUCAGUGAGGAGGGCAAAGGGCAGGUGAAGACGGAUGAGCUGGAGUGGCUCGUGAGUCUCCUGGGCAUCAACUCCACCAAGAGCGAGUUGCCCUCCACGGCCAAGGAUGUGGACAGAGUUAAGAAAGGGUUCUUCAACUGCAGCAACCUCCUGGCCCUGAUGGGGUUGUACUGGGAGAAGGCCCAGAACCAAGAGGGCGAGCUGAGGGCAGCCUUGUGCAUCUUUGACAAGGAGACCAGGGGCUACAUUGACUGGAACACGCUCAAGUACGUGCUCAUGAACGUAGGCGAGCCCCUCAAUGAGCAAAUGAAGAAGGAAGCUGACGAGAAUGGGGACGGGACCCUCAACUAUGAGGGUGAGCAGAGGAUGGGCCCUGGGAGCCCGGUCGGUCUGCUGACCUGUCCCUCUGCUCUCAGCGUUCAAGGCAUGAUGACUGGGGAGUCCUUCAAGCUGGUUCUGUAG